AUGUCGGCCAAAUACGCAUUCUCGCAGACUUUGAAGGAAGUCAGGUUUUUAUUUUGUCAGACAGGUGCUCAUAGUGAUGCCACUAGAUCAUUCCUCGCAAGAACAUACCCAACGAUGAAAAAGCACAAUCCAAAUACGCCAAUAAUGUUGAGAGAGGCAGCGGGUACACAGCCGAAGGUUUAUGCACGAUAUGAGUUUGGGAGGGAGGUUAGCGAGGAUUUAGCUGGACUGUCAGAUAAAGAAAUCGAAGAAAAGGUUACAGGGUUAGUCAAGCAAUAA